AUGGAUUAUGUCGAAAGCUCAAGUGAUGAGCAGUAUUUACAGUCUAGUUUAAGGCCUUGGUUGAUUUCUUCAGCGAAUAUUGCAAUGAAUGAGUGUCAAAAGUCUUCACAGUUCUGGCAAGGUCCGAUUAAGCUGAGUGACUUUCCUGAUGCUGUUGAAAAUAUGCAUAAAGACUCGGAUCUGCUUUUCUCAGACGCAUAUAAGAUGCUGAAAGAAAAAAGUCCUAAUCACCCAAUGACGGCAGCUGAGCAGCAAUGUUGCAGACCGAAAAACAGAUACACAAAUAUUCUUCCUUUUGAUCACUCCAGGGUAAAACUACGACCAUCUGAUGACAUGGAGGGAUCUGACUACAUCAACGCAAACUACAUACCUGGGUAUACUUCUCGAAGAGAAUAUAUUGCGACCCAAGGUGCAAUGCAGGCAACAUUUGAUGAUUUCUGGCGAAUGAUUUGGGAGCAGAAUGUAGAUACCAUUGUUAUGUUGACAAAGCUUAUGGAAAAAGGACGGCAUAAGUGUGACAAGUACUGGCCGAACCUUGGGGAACCUGUGUUCUACGGUGAUUUGGUCGUGUCUCUUCAAUCGGAAUCUAAUCUGUCAGACUAUACAAUCAAGAUAUUUGAAGUAAAAAUGAAAGAGAAACGGAAAAUGGUCAGGCAUUUUAGUUACCUAAAAUGGCCGGAUAUGGGUUGUCCCGAAACCCCAGAAUUAUUGCUUGAAUUUGUAAAAGCUGUGCGACAGUACACAGAUCUAGAAAAGAGAACAACAUCAGGGCCGAGAGUAGUGCACUGCAGUGCCGGUGUAGGUCGUACAGGGACAUUUAUAGCUGUUGAUGUCUUGUUACAAUUUAUCAGAGAUCACGACGAGGUUGACAUAUUCAGUUUUGUCCUAGAAAUGAGGAACCAUAGACACAGUAUGGUACAGACAGAGGAUCAGUAUGUUUAUAUCCACGAGUGCCUGAAAGCGUUCAUAACUGAUAAAGAGGAAGAAGACGAAGACGAAGAUCAAAACAUCACAUUCUCUAUAGCUUUAUCUGACACUUCAUUCAUUGUGUGCUAG